GCAGCCCUACAUCUUCUUCUCCCCACCCCUGCUCAUGCAUACUCUAGACCUUGUCCUUUCAUCAGGCUUCUGAGAAAAGAAAGAUGUCUCAGGAACAGUACACACACAGGAGCACCAUGCAGAGCUCAGAAGGACCACAUGUGUACAAAGUGGGGAUUUAUGGCUGGCGGAAGAGGUGCCUCUAUUUCUUUGUGCUACUUCUAAUGAUUUUAAUUCUGGUGAACCUUGCCAUGACCAUCUGGAUUCUCAAAGUUAUGAACUUCACAAUUGAUGGAAUGGGAAACUUGAGGAUCACAGAAAAAGGUUUAAAGCUGGAAGGUGAUUCAGAAUUCUUGAAACCUCUCUACGCCAAAGAAAUACGAUCUAGGACAGGCAACCCUCUGUACUUCCAAUCUGCACGGAAUGUUACAGUGAACAUUCUCAAUGAGAAGAGUAAAGUUCUUACACGUCUUGUAACAGGUCCCAAAGCAGUGGAAGCGCACAGCCAAAAAUUUGAAGUGCAAACCACCAUGGGGAAACUGUUGUUUUCUGCAGAUGACAAUGAAGUGGUGGUUGGAGCAGAGAGGCUAAGAGUUUUAGGAGCAGAAGGUACAGUGUUCCCUAAAUCCAUAGAAACUUCCACUAUCAGGGCAGACCCCUUCAAGGAAUUAAGACUGGAGUCACCCACACGGUCUCUUGUGAUGGAGGCACCCAAGGGAGUUCACAUAAAUGCUGAGGCUGGCAACUUAGAAGCCACAUGUAGGACAGAGCUCAAGCUGGAAUCCAAAGAUGGAGAGAUAACAUUGGACACUGCAAAUAUCAGACUACCUAGAUUGCCUCAGGGCUCCUACUCCCCUACUGGAUCCAGGCAAAAAAUCUACGAGCUAUGUGUGUGUCCCAAUGGGAGGUUAUUCCUGUCUCAGGCAGGAUCUAGUUCCACCUGCCAGAUAAACUCAAGUGUCUGUCUUUGAGAGAGACUGUUUGCAGCAGGCAUAGCCGGCAGCACAAUGGCCUUUUGUGGCCUCCCAGAUAAGAGCUGCCAACUAUUUUUAAAAGAACACAGAAAACCUAUCAAAGACUGUUUUUGUGUGUGCGUGCGUGUGUGAAUAUAUAAAUAUAUAGAUAUAUAUAGAUAUAAAUAUAUAUAUAUAUAUAUAUCCUUUGUGUAAAAUGAAGUUUCAGUACAAGAAGUCCCAGGGUGACCCUCUUUGUGUAGCAUUCAUUGUUCUCACAUAAAUUUUUAUAAACCAUGUUCUAAUUGGAUCUAGAUCUUUCCAGGAGUUUUCAAACUAUGUCAUAGCAAGCCUAAAAAAAAAUAAAUACAGUGCUUUAGGGCCCCUCUUAAUUUAGGUAAGGACCACCUCACAUACUACAUUUUAUCUACAGGCACAGAAAGAAACCAUGUCAUGUGACAACAUUUUACUCAUGCCUAUUUACCAUGUGUACAUGCACUUGCAACUCUGACAAUUCUGACUUCCAAAUGUGUACACUCAGAAAACUAGACAGGUACACUGUCUUCAUAAAUGGUGGUGUACACAGGUGCCUGCCUGUUUUUUUUUCUGAAUCCAUGUACACCUGUUUGGAUGUAAUGUCAUGUGUGAAAUAAACCUAAAAUAAUGCCCCCAAAACCGCAAUGCAGCUCAGCUUGUCGCCACCACUCUCAACCGAACACAAAGACAGAGAAAUCAAAGGCAAAGAAGAUAUUUGAGUACAUGGAUAGUAUUCAAAUGAAUGGAACUACUGAGGAACAAAAAGUCAAUGAAAAUUAGUUGACCUGUUGGUCAUUGGCCCUAUCAAUCAAUUCAGUAACUGGGAUGAAUAAAGAAAUGAAACCUCA